AUGCCUUCAACUAAAGAUAAUUUAAUCUCACUUCAUGAUGCCGUCAAGGAAGGAAGUCCUAACCUGGUUGCUGAAUGUAUUCGACGAGGUGCAGAUAUAGAGGAGUGGAAUGAAAAUGGUGAUACUCCACUUCAUAUUGCAAGCCUAAUCGGCCAUCCAGAUAUCAUACGAGUGCUUGUAGAUGCUGGAGCAAAUAUCAACGCAAAAAAUGAAAAUCUUGAGGACACACCGAUGCACAAGGCUGCAGCUUCCGGUGAUGCUGACAUAGUAGAGCUACUCUUGUCGAGAAGAGCAAGCCCCAGUAUUGUCAAUUGUUCGGGCGAUACGCCAUUGCACCUUGCCUGUCGAAGUGGGGUCAGCCGGGUGGCCGAAAGCCUUCUUUCAAAUGGUGCAAGAGUUAACCAGCCAGAUUCAGUGAGAUUAUAA